GGUAUAUAUGUUUUUAUGUAUAGUAAAUGCAUUAAUUUUCUCAGUUCAGGAAAAUGUCUAAAGAGUUAGAAGAAUUGGAUCUUCUGGAUACUCCUGUUGCAACAGAAGAAAGUGAUGAUCCUUAUGAGACGAUCAAGAUUCCAGUUAUCUCAGAAGAGCCUCCAGAGUCAGAUCAAACUGAAGACAAUGGAUCUGAGCAAGAAUUGUCUGGCGAUGUCCUUGAACCGCAAGCUAAGGAGCAGGGUGACCAGAGCUCUUCAAGCCUGGCAUCCAAUGAAGAAGUUACGACAUCUGAGCAAGUUUCGGAUUACAAUCUCACCGAAUCUGAUACAACCAAUCGGUAUUCCAAAGAUUAUCAGAUAUUGAUGGAUAAAAUAGAGGCUCUAAGAGGCUCUCUGAAAACAGCAGUGGUAGAUCCUACAGCAACAGUAAAAGCUGUACUUCUUCCUGUGUGCCAGGAAGUGAUAAUACCUUUUAAAAUUGACAGCAGUUUUAAAAACCUCAGGGACCAUUUUUCAUACGCAUUGAAUGUGCCAUCUGAUGUACUACAGUUAAGAUGUGCAGGAAAUAUUCUUAAAAAUCAUGAGACUCUACUAAAAUAUGGAGUUAAGCCACAGGAUAUUGUACAAGUGGAUAUCUAUUCCACACUUCCAGAUCUGUAUCCAAUCAAAAGAUUACACAGAUUAAAUGCCUCUCAAAUCAUAAUUGUCAAAGUACAAACUGCCAUUGAUCAGUACCAGCAUGUAGCUGUUGAGAUGAUAAAAUCUGACUUUCACAAACCAUUUCUUGGUGGAUUCAGACAUAAACUAACGGGAAUAGAAUAUCACAAUGCUGGAACACAAACUGUACCUAAAAAGAUUCCUGAAAAAGACAAUAUAUUUUGUAGGGAUACCCAGACAGUUUUACUGAGAAAAAAGCUCCAACAAACUAAAAAUACAACAUCCACACAGAUGACUAAAAUUGGUGUGUAUGUAUCAAAUAUGACUGAUAAACUGAUAACACCAGGAAAAUAUUUUACAGCAGAAGAAUACCAUGCUCGAAGGUUAAAUGCGGUAAUAGUGUUACAGACGUACUAUCGAAAAUGGCAUGCUAAAGUCUUUGUUGAUAAUUUAAGAAGACAAAAAAUGUUAAAGUUGAAGUGGAAAGAAGAGGAAGAACUAAGAAAGAUAAGAGAAAAAGAAGAAUGGAUGAAAAUGGACUAUCUCCGGAGGCAUAAUCCUAAAACAAAAGAAGAUUUUGAACUUCUUUAUAAUGCGCUAGAACUCUGGCGACAAGAACAACUGGAAUGCAUUAACCAGACUUUCUGUGGCGCUGAGAGGAAAGUUGCUUUGUGCGAACUUCUGGAAAAAGAGACCCAGAUCAUUGCUUCCAUUGGGAGGUACAGACAAAUCGCUUACCUGGCCAACCAGGAAGCCAUCAUACAAACUUUUUUGAAUAAGUGUUCAGCUCCGAAGACAUGGAGAAGAGCCGAUGGCAAAAUAAUUGAGAUGGAAACACAGUUCAUUAUCAGAGCCAGAGAGCUUCAAAACAUCUAUAAAUGCAUUAUGCUGAAAAAUCUCUCCCAAGAUGAGAGGCUGGACGUACUCUUAACACUUAAACAUACUGUGAAGGAACAUGAAUGUAAACUGACUCAGGAAAUUCUAGAAUUGAUUGACAGAGAGGUUGACCUUAUGAUGAGAGGAGUCAAAAAUGAUAACCUUGAAGGACUCAGAAAAAGAAUUGCAACAUUGUUUUUUCAUUACAUCAAAACACCUUUGUUUAAUGCAGAAGUUGCAAGACACCUUAAGGUCCCUCCAGACCCACAGAAAUUUUAUAAGAAGAUUUACUUUUGCUACAGUUGCCAGCUCUACUUACCGUCUACGGAGUUCGCUAUCUCAUCCACUGCACACCGCAUAUACCGGUGUCGUAACUGUAUUAGCCUUGACAAUGAGACUCGACAACGGGAAUCAUUUUUGAAGUACAAAUAUUUACUUAAGCGGCUCUACUAUUCAGAAGUUAAUUAUGAAGAUGAUUCUAAAAUUGCUUUCCUGAUACAGCUGCAGGAUAUUCAGUACCUGGUAGAGAACAUCUGGGCGGCCCAGUCCGCACUCAGUGCCUGGAAUGACCUCAACGACCUGGUCCUCGUCCGGUGGGACAAGGCCGUGGAGUGGUCCCCCUGGAACUGCAUUCUCCUCACCAAGGAUGAAGCUGCCGCUCAUCUCAAGCUAACAAGUAUUGAAACGGGAUAUGAACCCUUGUUCAUUCACAAGAUCAAACACAAGCAUAUCCUGGCUAAGAACUACUUUUCGCAGAUUCCAGUCCUGGCUUCAUUUAUAGUUGAUGAUCCUGAAAUAGGUGAAAUCAGACAGAAAUAUCAGGAAGACACAAGCCCUAAGAUUAUAGAGCCCCAGAUUCCCAGUCCUUAGAAGACCCAGGAGUACUUGUUUGAUGAUCAGCAUUUUGUCCACUGCAAAUAGAAUAAUACAGAGGUCACACCGUAUGG